AUGCUUCGCCUCCAAAGCUGCAUCGCGUCCCAUCUCCUCUCGUCUCCAUCCGCCCAUCUCCGCCGCCUCCUCUCCGCGGCCGCGCCCGCCGUUUCCCCGAGCACGGGAUUCGCUGCGGAGGAGUACCUCGUCGCCACCUGCGGCCUCACCCGAGCGCAGGCCCUCAAGGCUUUCCCGAAGGUCUCCCACCUCAAGUCCCCCUCCAAUCCCGACGCCGUCCUCGCCUUCCUCGGCGGCCUCGGCCUCUCCAGAGCCGACGUCGCCGCCGCCGUCGCCAAGGACCCCAGGCUACUCUGCGCCCGCGUGGAGAGUACUCUGGCCCCCAACUUCGCUGCGCUCAGCGGCAUCGGGCUGUCGCGCUCCGAGAUCGUGCGCCUCCUCCGCUUGCGCUGCAGAUCUGUCGUCUCCAAGCUGCAGUACUACCUGACCCUCUUCGGCUCCUCCGAGGCCUUCCUUCAGGCGCUGAAGUUCAACUGCAACCUCCUCACACACAGCAUCGAGAGUGCGGUCGAGCCCAAUGUAGCGUUGCUGCGGGAGUGCGGGCUGGGUGAUCGCGACAUUGCCAAGCUAUGCGUUGGUAUGCCAUGGCUGCUGACUGCCAACCCAGAAUGCAUCGGAUCAAUGGUUGCUCGCGCCGACGGUCUUGGCGUGAGCCGGGAAUCUCCCAUGUUCAGGCACGCGAUGCAUGCUGUUGCAUUCCACAGCGAGGAGAAGAUUGCUGCCAAAAUGGAGUACCUGAAAAAGACGCUCAGGUGGUCGGAUGCUGAGGUGCGCAUUGCUUUGUCCAAGUCUCCAAUGAUGCUGAGGAGUUCUGAGGGCAUGGUGCAGCGCAUGUCAGAGUUCCUCUACUCUGAGAUGGGGUUGGAACCAGCAUACAUUGCUCAUCGUCCGGCAAUGCUCGCUUACAGUCUGGAGCGCCGGAUCAGACCCAGGUACUACGUUGUUAAGUAUCUUAAGGAAAAUGGAUUGGUAAGUCGUGACCGGGACUACUAUUCCGCACUCACGCCGUCCGAGAUGGUAUUCUUGGAGAAGUACAUAUGCCCUCACAAGCAAGCUGCGCCGUACCUUGCUGAAGACUAUGAUGAUGCUUGCAGAGGACAAGUGCCCGAUAGGUUCAGAUUUGCAUGA